UUUCCACUGAGCAAAUUACAAUUACAGCUAUCACUUUGAAAUUCUGUAUGCUCAUUUGCUUUCUUCAACUACACACAACAAGAAGGUCAUAUUCCCAAAAAGGCACAACAGCAAAAUUCCAAUAUUUAUAGGCUAGGUUUAGAAAACAAUGCUUGCAGAAAAGGGAUUGUACUCUCCAAUCUUUCUCUUCAUGUAUCUCCUCUUUUGUUCGCCUCAGUUUGCUUUAUCGCAACCUCUAUGGGACUACAACACCAGUCUUUUGAAUUCUAUUGCGGGGCUGGCCGGGCUUUCCUCUUUAUGGAUCAACAGGAGGUCUCUUAAGGUUAAUUCCACUGACUUCAAUGAUUUGACACCCAUACUUCAUCGAGGAAAUGCUGGAUCACAAUUUCUCUGUGGCUUCUGCUGCAAUUACAAUGCCACAGAAUGCUUUCUUGGUGUCCUUUUGUAUCCCAACAGAUUCGACGGGCAGAACGAAAUGAUAAAUGAGCCCCAAUUAGUUUGGUCUGCUAACAGGAACCAUCCAGUGAAAGCCAAUGCAACCUUGAAACUAGGCCAAGAUGGCAACUUGGUCUUGACAGACUCUAAUGGCACUAUUGUUUGGUCCACUGGUACAACUGGGAAAUCAGUUUCUGGCCUAAACUUAACAGAAAUGGGAAAUCUUGUGCUCUUUGAUAAGAGAAAGCGCACAAUUUGGCAGUCUUUCGAUCAUCCUACAGAUUCUUUGCUUCCAGGGCAGAGUUUGGUUUCUAGGAAGAAGCUCAUAGCUAGCGCUUCAGCAACCAAUCGGAGUCAAGGUUUGUUUUCUCUUAGUGUUCACAAUGGAAGCUGGGCCAUUUACACAGAUACCGACCCACCUCAGUAUUUCUAUGCUUCAAAUUUUGAAGAUAGUGCUUAUUUAAGUUUUGAUGGUCGAACCCUUACUGUAUUACAAGACCCUACAACAUCGACAGCUCAAUUCAUGAAGCUUGGGCCUGAUGGACAUUUAAAGGUGUGCCAAUGGUCUGUAAUUUAUUGGAAUGAAGUUUCUGAUAUUUUGGCGCCAUAUGUAGGAAACUGUGGGUACCCAAUGGUGUGUGGACGAUACAGCAUUUGUACAAACAACGGGCAGUGUACUUGUCCGCCAGAGGAAAACUUCUUCAGGCCAUUUUCUGAGAGGAAACCAUAUCUUGGAUGUUCACAGAUGAUUUCAAUUAACUGCAACUCUUCGCAGUAUCAUAGUUUCAUAGAGCUCAAGAAUACUACAUAUUUUUCAUUUAACGUUGAUCAUGAACUAAUUUCGAGCAUAUUAUGGCUUGAGGGGAAAAAGUUGGAAGAUUGUAAAAGGGCCUGUCUGAGUGACUGUUCUUGCAAAGCUGCUGUUUUUGAAUAUGAUUGGAAUGGGAAUCAAAGAGGGAGCUGUUUGUUACUAAAUGAAGUCUUCUCUCUCAUAGACAAAGAAGGAGGAGGAGGCCAUAAAGUAUUUCUUAAGAUUCAAAAUCCCUCAAAGGCGCACACUCAGUCACCAAUCAUAUUGGGAGAAACGAAAUCAAGACCUUUCAAAGUGAUAAUAGGAUCUACUCUUGCAGCUUUCUUGGGGAUAAUUUUAAGCAUAUCUACUUGCUUUGUUAUUUUCAAAAAGUGGACACAUGAGUCCAGAAAGGCUGGUGAUUUUCUGGAUCUAGAACCAAUCUUACCUGGAAUCCUAACUCGAUUCUCUUACAAUGAGCUGAAAAUAAUUACAGAUGAUUUUAGUAGAAAGCUGGGGGAAGGAGGAUUUGGCUCUGUAUAUGAAGGAACACUGAGGAAUGGCACCAAAAUAGCUGUGAAGCAUCUGGAUGGUCUAGGUCAAGUAAAGGAAUCAUUCUUAACAGAAGUAAAGACGGUUGGUGGCAUUCACCAUAUCAAUCUGGUGAAACUCAUUGGAUUUUGUGUCGAAAAGAGCCACAGGCUUCUAAUCUAUGAGUACAUGGUAAAUGGAUCAUUGGAUAGGUGGAUUACGCAGGGAAAGCAAGAAAAUGGGCUUACAUGGCAGACAAGGCAAAGGAUAAUAUCAGAUAUUGCCAAAGGUUUAGCAUAUCUUCAUGGCGAUUGCAGUCAUAAGAUAAUUCAUUUGGACAUCAAACCACAAAACAUCCUCCUGGAUCAAUAUUUCAAUGCUAAGAUAUCAGAUUUUGGGUUGUCGAAGCUAAUUGAGAAAGACAAAAGCAAAGUUGUGACUAGAAUGAGAGGAACUCGGGGUUAUUUAGCCCCUGAAUGGUUGAGCUCGGUAAUCACUGAGAAAGUUGAUGUGUAUGCUUUUGGAAUUGUGCUCAUGGAAAUUCUCUGUGGACGAAAGAAUUUGGAUUGGUCUCAAGAUGACGAAGAAGAUGUCCAUUUUUUAAGUCUUUUUAGGAUAAAAGCGGAACAAGAGAAGCUCAUGGAUAUGGUUGACAAAAACAAUGAGGAUAUGCAGCUCCAUAGAGAAGCAGUGACAGAAAUGAUGCGCCUCGCUGCGUGGUGUCUACAGGGCGAUUUUUCCAAGAGGCCUUCCAUGUCAUUGGUGGUUAAGGCACUAGAAGGUUUGGUGAAAGUUGAAACCAACUUGGAUUAUAAUUUUACACACCUACCUGAGGUUGGGGCAGGUAACCAACAGAGGGAAGCCACUAUCAGUUCAGUAUCUCCUUCAAUUUUAUCGGGGCCAAGAUAUAUUCUUUCAGGACGCAAGCAUGAAAAAUCAACCUAUAAAAAUAAACUGCAGAAAGGAAUGAAUGUGAAUGACAUACUAUGCCUUCAUGUACAGGAAAAUAUAACAUAAAGCAACUGAUCUUGCAAAGCAACUCAAUUUCGAUUUGGCGGACUGGCAAUACAAUGGGUGAUUGCAUAAUGUAUGUUGAAUGAAGUUCUUUCUCUCAUGAACAAUGACGGGGAUGUUAUAAGACCACUUUAUUUAUCAAGGUGAAGAACGCUUCUAACUUACAAGCCUUUUUCUCAUCAACAGAUCAAAUAUAGUAACCAAAGAGCAAAAGAAAAUUAGAAAAGGGAGGUUCCCAGAAUGCUAUUACAAAAUAGCUAAUAAAAAGAAAAUACUACAAGUGUUUGCAUGGAUUAUGUCCCUGGUCUAUAAUACCAGGGGAAGGAAAUUGUAUUUUCUGCCAUUUCCUUCAAUUUUCCUUUUUCUAUUCUUUUCUUGUUUUCGACACGAUGAAAAGAUAAUAGAAAGGUAAAGCUGGAAUUUAACAUCAUCACCGUUGAUAAACAUAGAGAACUGAUAUAUUCAUUUAUUACAAGAGCUUGUCAACACUCGUGGUAAUUGAAAUAAAUAAUUACGUGACUAGUUUUCAAAUUUCAGUAAAUAAAAAUAAGAAGGCAUAUCUUAAUGGUCAACGUCAACUGCUAAAACAGUGUUGAGAGUCAACAGAAGUAGCUAAAUGAAACUGGUUUAGCAGAAGAUUGACCUAGUUUUGCCUUUGGGGUUGAAAAUUAUUUAGUUGGAAUUUAGGAAUUGUUCUUUAGUGGAAGACAGCCAUAAUGUGGAGAAAGGUGCCAAAAUACCACUAUUAAAAAGUCUUAUUUUAGCCAUGUAAUUUAGUGAGGACGUUCCUCACUAAUCGCGAUUUAGCGAGGACACCCUCACUAAUCAAGAUUUAGUGAGGGCAGCCAUUACUAUAAGGUGUCUUGCUAAUUUAAGCCUUGCUAAUUAUUAGUGAGAGAGACCCUCGCAAAAUAGUAAAGGACUUCGACAAUAAGCUAUCGCCAUAUUGGUCUCACAAU